CUUCCCCGCGCUCGCUUCAGUCUGGCUGUUGAGUUCCGGGACCGGAGUUCCCAGGCCUUUUGGCUUCUGCAGUCUGUACCUUUUUAAGCAGUGGAAGUGCCUGGGUGGAUUCUCCAGUGCUUUAUUGUUUUCUUGUUACAAUUAUUUAUUUUACUUCCUGUGAUGUUUCAGCCUCAUCCCUUCACCAUUUGUUGUUGUUGUUGUUGUUGUUUUUGAGACGGAGUCUCGCACUGUCGCCCAGGCUGGAGUGCAGUGGCGUGAUCUCGGCUCACCGCAACCUCCGUCUCCCGGGUUAAAGCGAUUCUCGUGCUUCAGCCUCCCGACUCCCUUCACUGUUUUUUGAAACUUUGUGUUUUGCUUUCUAAUUGGAGUAACUGGCCUUGGAACCUGUAGUCAGUCAUUUGCCUCAGGUUUACCUGCCAGUCCCACCAGUCUAAAGCAAGGGAAUUGGGACCCCCUUGUCUUGAGUGGGCCUAAGAGGAGCCAUCAGUUCUCCUUUUCCCUUCUUGGUGGACAGUCGUUUAAAACUUGGAGUAUGGACUGUAUGUUCUUAGAUGUUUUCGUUCGGUGGACAAAGUGAUGAUCUGGAGCAUUUCAGCUGCAAGUCUGCCUUCCUUGGUUGACUCUGGUAUUUUCAUUAUGACUUCAUGUGUUUUUGUCUACUUUGCUUUUAUGCAUUUAUGUAUUUAAAGUGCAACGUAGGGGCGGAAAAGUUUAGUACCUUUCCUCACCACCCAUUGUAAGGAUCACAGCCACCACUCCUUAAAACAGAAGAUAGGUUAACAAGGUAAAAGCAUAGCAAAUCUAAUCAAAGUUUUACGCCACCAGGCACUUCUGAGACCAGGGAGAUCUCUAUUUUUAUGCGUAGGACCCAUGAAGAAUAGACAACUGUGUAAAAAUGUGAUUGGACGAAGGAUAUACUCUAAUGUUAAUAAACUGAGGGAGGAAACCCAGCAAGGUCUGUUUGUUCAGAUUCUUCUUGGCCUCUCUGUGUAUCAUUUCUUCCGCCUAUGGAGGAGGAAGGACCCUUCUGGAAUGAGGGUCUUAGCGACCUACUAUCAGGCAAGUAUAUUUGCAUGCCUGAGUCUUUGAGCCGUGCUAUACCAGUUUGUCCAGAUUGUUUAUACUAGCAAUGCAGUUGAUGGUGAAGACCUGCCUUCCCUCUGGGAGUCUGGAGCUUCAGUAACAGGAGAUGUUUCACAAAGCAGAAGAAUUAUUUUCUAAAACCACAAACAAUGAAGUGGAUGACAUGGACACAUCAGAUACCCAGUGGGGCUGGUUUUACUUGGCAGAAUGUGGGAAGUGGCACAUGUUUCAGCCGGAUACCAACAGUCAGUGUUCAGUUAGCAGUGAAGAUAUCGAAAAAAGCUUCAAAACAAACCCUUGUGGCUCCAUUUCUUUUACUACUUCCAAAUUCAGCUACAAGAUAGACUUUGCAGAAAUGAAGCAAAUGAAUCUCACCACUGGAAAGCAGCGCUUAAUAAAAAGAGCCCCCUUUUCUAUCAGUGCUUUCAGUUACAUCUGUGACAACGAGGCCAUCCCUAUGCCGCCGCACUGGGAAAAUGUGAAUACUCAAGUACCAUAUCAGCUGAUUCCUCUGCACAAUCAAACACACGAAUAUAAUGAAGUUGCUAAUCUCUUUGGGAAGACGAUGGAUCGCAACCGAAUUAAAAGAAUUCAGAGAAUUCAAAACCUAGAUUUGUGGGAGUUCUUUUGCAGGAAAAAGGCUCAGCUCAAGAAAAAAAGAGGUGUGCCUCAGAUUAAUGAACAAAUGCUAUUUCAUGGUACCAGCAGUGAAUUUGUGGAAGCAAUCUGCAUUCAUAACUUUGAUUGGAGAAUAAAUGGUAUACAUGGUGCUGUCUUUGGAAAAGGAACCUAUUUUGCUAGAGAUGCUGCUUAUUCCAGUCGUUUCUGCAAAGAUGACAUAAAGCAUGGGAACACAUUCCAAAUUCAUGGUGUCAGCUUGCAACAGCGGCAUCUGUUUAGAACAUAUAAAUCUAUGUUUCUUGCUCGAGUGCUAAUUGGAGAUUACAUAAACGGAGACUCCAAAUACAUGCGACCUCCUUCCAAAGACGGGAGCUAUGUGAAUUUAUAUGACAGCUGUGUGGAUGAUACCUGGAACCCAAAGAUCUUUGUGGUUUUUGAUGCCAACCAAAUCUAUCCUGAGUACUUGAUAGACUUUCAUUGAUUUCACUUCCAAAUCUCAGUGGUCAAGGAAGCUUUAUUCUUUUUUGCAGGAAGAUUUGCUCUUCAGUCAUCUAGCCACUAAAUGUUAAUUAUCUGAUACUUUUGAAACAGAUAUGAAAAAAAAAGUGGCCUCCAUAUAAAAAGACAUACUGACUUUAAGGUUGGUUUUUGUUGUUUUGUUUUUGCCUGUUUCUUGUAGUCUUGUUUGUUAAAAGUUGAUAUCAUUGACGUUUUAACACAUAGGGGUGAAAGAUACCAUUCAAAAUGGAAUCAGCUGAGUCUCAACUAAUGUGGUCAUUGAGAUCUUUAAAGUUUACAUGUGUGUUAUCAGGAUAAAUGAUUUUAGUUUAAAUAGACUUAUUCGUAUAAAUGUUGAAAAAAAUAUAGACAUAAAUGUGUCCCUUUAGAGGAACUGAUCCUUUGUAAAUUGAAUUCAGGUAGUAGUAUCAUCCACCAAUCCAUUUGUUGCUUUGUUGGUCUUCUGAAGGGGGGAUUUAAAACUCUGAAACAGUCUGAGCACGUUGAGAGAAAUCAGAAACAAGACAGUUAUUUGCAGUGCUGUCAAACAAGCCAGAAGGAGAAAAUCAAGGUAGAGUGUCCUGCUUUCCAGUUGCCUUAGGAUAGCAGGCUGCAGCCUCAGACUUGCUCCUGUCAUUCUCCUCUGUCUCCUACAUCUGAAUUGAUAAUUGCUGCAAAAUAUCAUUAGCCUACACUUCAUCCGUCAGGGCUCUUGGAUUCUUACACCACGACUUGCUGCGCAAGGUGUUUAUUGCAUCUUCAAAGUGAAACUUUAAAUUAUUAUUCAAACAUUUAUUUUCCUUUUGUUUUAAAAAGAGUCCCUACAAUGAUCACUUCUAGGAUUUUUUUUUACCUUCCCCUCUGCAGCACACACAGCUAUUCAACAAUGAUUUCUAAAAUUCAUAUUUCAAAUUUGUAUCUCUCCAUUUUGAAACAUUAUAGAAAGCAUGGGAUGCUUGAGACAAAUCUGGUUUCUCCUUUGAAGUAGCUAUUGACAACCUACUCUCUUGAAAAGUUAGAUAUAAUUCUUAAUCAUGUUUAGUGGAAAUUUGUUUACCUGUUCCAUCUGUUUUGCUCUUCCAUUGUAAGGAAGAUGAGAAGUGCUGGAACAGCUUCCUUCCCCUAAAGGUAUUCUAGCAGAGGCGAGACAGCAACUUGGCAGGCGUGUUGCAUAGGAGUUAAGUACCAGAUGGGGAAUUGCCCAUGUGACGGUGAAGAGACUCUCACACUGAUUUUCUUUCUUUUCUCCUCUUCUCUCCUCCUUCUCUCCUCUUCUCUCCUCCUUCUCUUCUCUUCUCUUCUCUCCUCUCCUCUCCUCUCUUCUCUCUCUCUUCUCUCCUCUCCUCUCUUCUCUUCUCUUUGUCUUCCUCUUCUCUUCCUCUCCUCUUUCUCUUUUUCUUUCUCUUUCUCCUUCUUCUCUUCUCUUCUCCUUCCUUCCUUCCUUCCUUCUUUCCCUCCCUCCUCCCUCUCUUUUUCUUUUUCUUUCUUUUUUUCUUUUUUUUUGUUUGGCAGAGUCUUGCUCUGUUGCCCAGGCUGCAGUGCAGUGGCGUGAUCUCGGCUCAUUGCAACCUCCACCUCCCGGGUUCAAGCAAUUCUCUUGCCUCAGCUUCUCCAGUUACUGGGACUACAGGUGCAUACCACCAUGCCUGGCUAAUUUUUGUAUUUUUAGUAGAGACGGGGUUUUGUCAUGUUGGGCAGGCUGAUCUCAAACUCCUGACCUCAGGUGAUCCGCCUGCCUCAGCCUCCCAAAGUGCUGAGAUUACAGGCAUGAGCCACUGUGCCCGGCCUGAUUUUCUAUGAUUCUGCCUUUAAAAGACAGCACGUGUACCAAGCCUUUUUCGGAAAACUCUUCUCUUAACUCUUUCCAAUGCUGAAUUUUCUCUCUAUUAUCCUCAUCCAAUUUUGUACACAAUUUAACUUCUUAAAAAAAUUCCAGUGUCUGUGCUUAUAUUGCUCACUUAAAUCAUUUGAAUUAGAAAGGCAUCUACAAAUAAUAAAAGCAAAGAGUAUAGACAGAUUAGGGAUAGUAAUUCUUCAAGUGCCAUCUAUCCCAGAUUUGCACUAUAGACCAGCAUAUGUGUAAUUGUGCAGUGGGAGGUAAGUAGUACCCAGGACAUUGCACGUACAAUACUUUGAAACAAAGUGGCAACAAAGAUUUCCUGGCUCAGGUAUGCACCCCAACUGCUGGUUUAGAUGAAGUGCUGAGAAUAUUUAGAAAAAGCACUUUAAAAAGCAUCUAAGAGAUUAUCAUGAAAAUAAUUGGAGACAGAGUCACCAGGCUGCCUUGUGAGAGGCAGCAUACCGUGGCUCUAAACUCGUUCACAAAAAACAAUGUUAGAGACAUUAGGAAUUCAGGUUUUGAAAAUCGUUUUUUCUAUUUAUUUGUUAUUUACAUACCAAAAAACCACAUUAAAAUAGUCCUCCCUUCAACAUGGCUAUCUUUUUUCAAGUUUGAUAUGCAUACCUCUCUCAGCACUUGAAUGGAAAAACUGUUACAGCAUUUGGGAGUUAUUUUUCUUUUAGACAUUUGCAGAUCUGAUCUCAAGGUGACUAGGAGCCCAGAGUUAAGUAUUUGUGAGGCAAUCUCUGCGAACGCUGAAAUUACCUAGUUGGUUUAUAUGAAAUAUGUAGAAUGCACUGCAGUAGCCAUUGUAAGAAGGUACUGUACCGGUUUUUUGGGGCUUGUUGUUCUUGUUUGGUCUGAGAAUGUACUGCCAACCCCUCUUUUAUAAGAGAGAACUGAUUUUGAUACAUAUUUUAAAAUAUGAUAGUAUAGAGUUAAUGGAUGUUAAAAUUUUAUUUCUUUGUUUUGGUAAGUAGAUUAAAUCACGAAUCGUAUGAUCAGCACAUUUGAGAAUGAUAUAACCAGUAUAUAAUAAUACUGGACACAACCAUUUGCCAUCUUUUCCUGUUAUCAUCCCAUAGAGUGGGUGGGGAGAAUGAAUAGAAAUAAAUCUAGAAUAAUGAUAAAUGGUUUUUAAAACUCUAUAUUGAAUACAUUCCAGCUGAUAAUGACUUUUCUUUUUCACUUUGGUGAUAUCAGCCUCAGGGUAAAAAAAAUGUGUUUAUAAAAAACAGUUUCAUAAAUCUUUUAGUUAUAAACAGGAAAGUUUUAUAUUAGUGUGUCAUUUCAUUUCUAGACUGUUGAUGGUGAUGAUGAUAAAGAAUUUGGAGCCAAUUUUGAUAUAUGAAUGUAUUGCUUUUACAUGUGAUGAUUAAAGCUCUCCAUUAGCAGUU